CGUCUUUUUAUUUUCACAUACAUAAAUUAACUCAUUCGAGUUCAUUUUCAAAAAAAAAUAAACUGCACAGUUUGAUAAAAUUAAAAUUUUACACGCAUAAUUAUUUAUUCUUAUUUCAAAAUAAAUUGCAUAGAUCGCCGAAAAGGCAGAACUAUAUAAUUUUUCAAGAUUCUUUCUCGAGUCUUUCAAUUCAACUUGACACCCACUGCAUAUCGUACGUUUUUUAUGAAGCGUCAUCGUGACAAGUCAAAAAACAUAACUUUUUUCCUAUCGUAUUUUUUCAUGAAAAUUCAGGCAUGGUUUUUGUAAAAGAUCAAUACAUCGCAAGAACUAUUCAAUAUAUGUGUAUAUUAACACUCCGAAACAGUUUGGGAAGUAGAUUCUGUUGCAUGAUUAUUCAUCGUAAUAAAACUCGCCAAUAGAGAGGCCGUGUGUAAAGGAAAACCCGGAUGCCAAUAACAAAGCAAAUCUCUCCAUCCCGCCAACCACCGCGAAUUUCGUAGAACACCGUGACAAAGGAUGAAUCCUGGAGGAAAGAAAGUGAUCACGCAAUAUCAAACAGUUUUGAUGUAAUGUAAUGGGAUCUUUAUAAGGUUGAGUAUGUUCAGUUACGACGAACAAAUCGAAUAAGAGGCUGAUCAUCAAUUGGAUCAACGCGUGACGCGUGACACAAGAUAUAUAUGUGAAACAAGACAGCAAGAAGAGAUAGGGGAACCCGUUUUUCAACUUGUUGAUGCAAAACAUGUGUAAAUUUGGUCUUCUAAGAAUAAAAUAAUUUCGUCACGCGUUCAUAUAUUUUUAACGAUUUACUCCUAAGAAUAUUUUCAUUUACGAAAAAGUUGUAAAAAUCAACGAGACUAUGGCAGGGAAUCAAGAGCGCCAAAUAGAUGAAAUAGAGGCAAUGUCGAGUAUUUGCGAAGAAGGGGAAUUCUUCCAAACGAAGGGUGAAAAUCAUCAGAUAAGAUUUGAAAUUCCAGUACACAUAGAGAAAGGGAUUUUGAAAGUAAAAUAUUCCAAUGUCAUAUGGCGGCAUAGUCCAAAGCAAAUGUAUUAUCACUUUUUAAUAAGAAACCUUCCUCCGAUCUGUCUUCAUUUGGAUUUACCACUGGGGUAUCCAGAGACGUUGCCUCCGAUAUACGAAAUUGAAAUAUGCUGGCUAUCACCAUGGGAGUGUUCUCUUAUUUGUCAGAAGCUCGAUGAAAUUUGGGCAGAUAAUCAAGGCUCUGAAAUUCUGUUCUUGUGGCGAGACUUCCUGCGAAAUGAUAUAUUAAGUUUUUUGCAUCACGAAGAAUCACUGGAUGUUUCAUUUUGGUUUACCAUUUACGCAGAGCCAGACGAUUUCUUGACUUUAGGAUUGUUCCAACUUUCUGAUGAGAGAGCAUCCACCGGAACAAUGUUCACUCACCCGAUGCACUAUAUGGAACAAUUUGAUGAGUGGAGAGAAUUAUCACUUUUUUGUAAAGGAUCCUGGAUGUGUGGCAUUUGCCUUGAAGAAUACUCAGGCCGAAAAUCAAUCAAGUUUUCCAAAUGUGAACACAUUUUCUGUAAAAAUUGCACAGCACAAUACUUUGCCAAUAAGAUAGAGAGUCAAAGCACAAAAAUUCAAUGUCCGGCUCUCAAUUGUUCCACCAUCGCUUCCAAUGAUCAAAUCAAAGAGAUUUGUCCUCAUCUUUGGAUCAAGUAUGAAAACUGUGUUCUGAAAACUUCUCUAAAUAAUAUGAAAGACGUAAUUACUUGCCCAAGACGCUUUUGCCAAAUGCCAGUCAUCAUCGAAAAUGAUGAAACUCUUGCAAGAUGCAGCACUUGUACUUAUAAUUUUUGCUUUUUCUGUCGAAAGGUUUAUCAUGGAAUUGCGCCUUGCCCUAUGACCUCCCAUGAAACUGCCAAUCUUGUAAAUUUGUACCUGACAGGAAACAAGGAUCAGAAGCAAAAUCUGUUGAAGCAGCAUGGUCGAAGACAGAUUCAGACGGUAGUCGAAGAAUAUCUUUCUAAAGAUUAUUUAACGAAAAACACGAGAUUCUGUCCUCAGUGCGAAACACCAACGGAGAAGAUCGAGGGUUGCAACAAAAUGAUGUGUGGAAAUUGUGAAACCAAUUUUUGUUGGUUGUGCGGACAACUUAUCACAAAUAAAAAUGCAUACGAUCAUUUUUUGAGCAAUAAAAACAAUGCGUGUUAUGGUCGUUUAUUUGAGGGAGUAUCAAACGUUAAUGACCAAGGACAAGAUUAAUGAACGAAAUUUUCGUUAUUUAAUCUGACGAUUUCGUAGAAACCAAUCGUUGCACCAUAGUCAUCAAACUGAUUCAGUUCUUCCGAAUCUUCUUACAAAAAUAAAUAUACUGUAUUUUCAUAUUCUUUCAUCCAAUAUUUACACGAACACUUGGGCACGGUGUUGUAAAAAAAUUCAAUUUGUUCCAUUGUAAAAACAAUUUGAAAAAUGCCCACACGAUAAUAAUGAAAGUCGAGUGCUUUGGUUUCAAAAACACGCGGAACAUAUUAUUCAUAUAAUUAAUAUUAUUGUUAGGUCAGACUUAUUGCUUAUUUUUCACCAUUGAUGAAGACACCAAUGUUUUUCCUCUUAUUUUUGUUCUCUCUUAAUUAACUUGAACUCGCCGAGUGUAUUUCCGCGUUCACCUCAGUCACCAUAUGCUCUACAGCAUUCAAUGUCGUUGAACCUCGUCGUUCUCCGAUCCCAAUUACAUCUGUGAAAAUUGUUAUAUCUCUUUAAUUUACUGUACAAAAAUAAUCAAAAUCAAAUGAGUAUAAUCAAUAUGUACGAUUGAAAUGAGCAUAAAUUACAUGGAUCAGUUACAAACAACGGACACAAACACACACCAUUGAAUCACAGGUCUUUGUUUAUCAAUAAAAUCUCAUAAAUUUA